AUGGGAAUAGCUACUACGAUUUUCUUGAAGGCUCUUCACAAUAAUUCUAUGUCCCAAGAUUACGAUCAUCAUCAUCACCAACACCAAGGAGGAAUCUACAGCUUCUCUAAUGAAUUCGACAGGUCAGAUUCUCCCAAUCUAACAGCUCACGAGAAGCAAGAACAUCAAAGAGUAGAGAUGGACGAGGAAUCCUCAAUCGCCGGAGGUGGGAUUCCGGUAUAUGAAACUGCCGGAAUGUUAUCCGAGAUGUUUAAUUUCCCCGGAAGCAGCGUUGGCGGAGGAGAUCUUGACCGAGGGCAAUCUUAUCGUUCAAAUAGACAGUUGCUUGAGCAGCAACAUCAAAAUAUUCCGGCGAUGAAUGCUACAGAUUCCGCCGCCGCCAUGCAGUUAUUCUUGAUGAAUCCACCGCCGCCACCACAACAACCACCGUCUCCGGCAUCAACGACCACCACAAGAAGCCAACACAAUUCUUCAACUCUUCACAUGUUACUACCAAACCCAUCUCAUCACCACCAAAGCUACACUAGUAAUACCAUGUCUAUGCAUCAGCUUCCACAUCAGCAUCACCAACAGCUGACGUGGCAGUCUUCUUCUUCCUCCGAUCAUCAUCACAACAGCCAAACCGAGAUCGGGACCGUCCACGUGGAAAACACCGGAGGACAAGGCUUGUCCUUAUCUCUCUCGUCCUCUUUAGAAGCUGCUGCAAAAGCGGAAGAGUAUAGGAACAUUUACUAUGGAAGCAAUUCUUCAAACGCAUCACCUCAUCAUCAUCAUCAAUACAAUCAGUUCAAGACUCUUCUUGCUAAUUCCUCUCAACAACAACAUCAUCAUCAAGUAUUAAGCCAAUUCCGAUCACCUCAGGCGGCUUCUUCCUCUUCUUCCAUUGGAGCGAUCAAUAUCUUGAGAAACUCGAGGUACACGACGGCCGCGCAAGAGUUGUUGGAAGAGUUUUGUAGCGUUGGAAGAGGGAAUUUGAAGAAAAACAAACUUAGGAAUAGCUCAAACCCUAAUACUAGUGGCGGCGGUGACUCUCCUUCGUCGGGUGGAGCAAUCAAGGAUCAUCCUACUCUAUCGGCGUCUGAUCGGAUUGAGCAUCAAAGAAGGAAAGUGAAGCUACUCACCAUGCUUGAAGAGGUGGACCGACGGUACAACCAUUACUGCGAGCAAAUGCAGAUGGUUGUGAACUCUUUCGACAUAGUAAUGGGCCACGGCGCGGCGUUACCGUACACAGCUUUGGCUCAAAAGGCUAUGUCGAGGCAUUUUCGAUGUCUUAAAGAUGCGGUCGCGGCUCAGCUUAGACAGAGCUGCGAACUUCUUGGGGACAAAGAUGGAGCCGGAAUAUCUUCUUCCGGAUUAACUAAAGGCGAGACACCGCGGUUGCGUUUGCUAGAACAGAGUUUGCGUCAGCAACGUGCGUUUCAUCAAAUGGGUAUGAUGGAACAAGAAGCGUGGCGACCACAACGCGGUUUGCCUGAACGCUCCGUUAAUAUCCUUAGAGCUUGGCUCUUCGAGCAUUUCCUCCACCCGUAUCCAAGCGAUGCAGAUAAGCACCUCUUGGCUCGACAGACUGGUUUAUCCAGAAAUCAGGUGUCAAAUUGGUUCAUAAAUGCUAGGGUUCGAUUAUGGAAACCAAUGGUGGAAGAAAUGUAUCAACAAGAAUCAAAAGAAAGAGAAAGAGAAAACGAAGAAUUAGAAGAAAACGAAGAAGAUCAAGAACCAAAAAACAGCAUCAACGACAAGAGCACAGAAUCCAACAACAAUGAAAGCAACUUCACUGCCGUUCGGACCACUUCACAAACUCCAACGACAACUGCACAAUCAGCUGCAACCAAACCAGACGCAGACGUGGCAGCAGCGACAGGCCACCGUCUAAGAUCAUCCGACAUCAAUGCUUACGAAAGCGACCCUUCAUCGCUUCUACUCCCUACCUCCUCCUAUUCCAACGCCGCCGCAGUCUCUAGCUACGGUGGUUCAGCCGCGUUUUCCGCCGCUGCCACGUGUCAACAGGGUGUUGGCGGGUUCGAUGAAGCUGACAUGGAUGGUGUCAACGUUAUAAGAUUUGGGACAAACCCUACUGGUGACGUGUCUCUCACGCUUGGUUUACGCCAUGCUGGCAAUAUACCUGACAAGGACCCUUCUUUCUGCGUUAGAGAGUUUGGGGGCUUUUAG